CUAGUAGCUGAGGAUAAAGAUGAAAAAUUCUAUGGAGAUUCUUACACAAUAGGGUCGACAUCAAAGAGCUCCUCAGAGUGGAGAAGCUCAAUAAAUUGCAGAGAUUCAGUAACAGAUGAUCCAUUUUCAUCUUCCUCAAGAAGAAGUUGUCCCAAAUGGGAAUCCUACACAGUAUUUCAAAAAUAUGAUGAAGAGAUGAUGUUCCUAGACAGAAUCAGUGCACAAAAGCUCCAAGAAACAGAGUCACUGAGUCCAUUCAAGCUUGCCCAAGAUCAAUAUCCGAGAGAAUAAUCCUCAGGUUUGCCACAAUGAACAAAAAGCCAUCAGAUAUCAGACAAAACCCUUACCAUGAACUGGAAUCUGCAUACGUUGCACAAAUUUGCUUGACUUGGGAAGCACUCAAUUGGAGCUACAACAACUUCGAAUGCAAAAGAGCCGAUCCCAAAGAUUUCGACUGCCCAGCCGUGGUUGCUCAGCAGUUUCAGCAGUUCCAGGUUCUUUUACAAAGAUACAUCGAGAACGAGCCUUACGAGCAAGGGCGCAGACCCGAGGUUUAUGCCAGGAUGAGGCUUCUAGCCCCCAAGCUGCUUCUGGUCCCUGAAUAUCGAGAUUAUGAAGAAGAUGAAAGGGAUGAAGGGUUUGGGUCAAGAACCUCAGCAGACACAUUUAGAGUGAUAAUGGAGGACGGAAUCCAAACCUUCAUGAAUUUUCUCAAGGCAGAUAAGGAGAAACCAUGCCAAAUCAUUAGAAAUUUCUUUGGAAAGAAGACAAGAGGUUCAGUUGACCCUACACUCCUUCAACUCAUGAAAAAAAGUUAAUGCCAAAAAAAGGAUGAAGCUGAAGGAGCUUAGAAGGUCUAAGAAAUGCAUAAGGAGAAGGAAAGUGAAAAUGGAGAAAGAGAUGGAUAUAUUGAUGGGUCUAAUAGACCUAAAAGUGGUGUCUAGGGUUUUGAGAAUGGCCGAUCUAACCGAACAACAAUUGCAUUGGUGUGAAGAGAAGAUGAGCAAACUCAGGAUUUUGGAAGGCCAACUCCAUAGAGAUUCCUUCACACUGUUUUUUCCAGCACAUUAAUUAUAUUGCCCCACCACUGCUUUUAGUAUUACUAAUCUAUAUUUAACAUAAAAUGUGCACAUCACUGCACCAAAUUAAUAUCAUAGGCCAGCAUUUUGUAGGUAUGGAUUGAAACGUAAUAGAGUAUGAUAUCAUACAAAAGUAAUACAGUAAAAAAAU